GUUGUCAAGCCUCGCCAUGCGGCGUCGGGCCAGGGCCUUUCACUUUUGCGGCCGGGCACUACCACGUUAACCGAAGCCGUACAUGCGGCUUUGGAGGUGGAGUGCAAGAGGGGUGAGACAUGGCAGCUGUACCAGGUCCCGCGCGGAGUGGGUGUGGAGGUGCUAUAUCCCAGCCUGCGCGCCAGCAGCAAGGAGCCAGAGAGGCCCUUAGAGCUGAAAUUGCAGACGAUAUGGGGUGUCGUGGUGGGCGGCACGAUCCACACGUCGCAAGAAGUCUGGAUUACCUCCUCUGGCCACGUGGUCCGUUCAAACCACGGGAAGAACUGCGCCAUUCGCCGGAGGUAUGGCCCGCUGCCCCCCUGGAUUCUGGAUGGAAGCCUGGAGAAAAUAAUCCAGGAGCAUUGGUCUUUCUUGGUCUCCGAAAGCGAGGCCAUUGCGAGGCGAUGGGGCCUCGACGAAGUCCGUGUGGAUUGGUUCCUGGGGUGCGAGACGCUGGGGCCACGGAUAUGCGAGGUGACAUGGAUGGGUACAGGCGAUCGGCUGCCAAAGCAACUGCAGCUCCCUGUGGCAGAG